AUGGCGGUGUUGGAGUUGGUGGCCACAAGUGCUGGUGGACAGCAACAGGGAACCGGUGGUUCUAGCAGCGAUGGUGGUCGAUGGUCGGCGGUCUCUUGGCAAAGAGGUACAACCUCCAAGAGCAGUCAGGGAGAUCCCAACUUCAUCAAUUGUUGUGGUUACUUGGCAGAUGACAAUGUAUCCAUUGUGGGGAUUUAGGGCAUGAGAAGGGUCGGAAAGACAACUCUCUUGAAUGAAAUCAAUAACUCAUUACAAGUUGGUGAUACUUACAACAUGGGGUUCAAGUAUGUCAUCUCUCUGGUGGUUUCAAAAGAACCUCAAUUUGAGAAGCUUCAAAAAGAGAUAUGUAAAAGGUUGGGAUUGCCCUCUGACUCUGAGAGGAGUGACGUAUUUGAGUUUUUGAAGAACAAGAACUUUUUCCAAAAUUCAGAAGAUAAAGGUCAAAGGUACAAGCAUAAGCUGACAAGAAGAUCAAAGUCGAAUGUGUAUUCAGAAGAUAAAGGUCAAAGGUACAAGCAUAAGGCGAUCUUCACAACCAGAGAAGAUAAUGUGUAUUCUCAUAUGAAAGCUGACAAGAAGAUCAAAGUCGAAUGUUUGGAUGGAGAAGAAGCAUGGGAACUUUUCAAACAGCACGCAAAUAAAGAGAUGAUCAAUUCCAUGGCUUGUUGGAGAUUUUCUUUGUACUGUGCAACCAUGAUGGUUGAUCUGCUAGGUGUUUGUAUAAAUGCCUGUGUCAAUUCUGGUGAACGGAUCACUCCCAUCUUCCUUGUGUUUGAACUCCUGAAAAACAGAGUGUGUGAGUUGCUCAUCCGUGCUCUCGAUCCUAAAAUGGCUAUCAUUCAAAAACUGGCGAGGGAAGUUAUGGAGAAGUGCUCAGGCUUACCACUUGCCCUUAAAGUUGUUGGUCAAGCCAUGUCAAAUAAGAAGACACCUGCAGAGUGGGAUCACAUGCUUAGGUCGUUAGUCAAGUUGGACUUCAAGGCCAUCACUGGUAUCGAAGAAUCAUUGUUCCGCAUUUUGAAGGUCAGUUACGAUAAUUUGGUAGAUGAUACUCUACAAGAAUGCUUCUUGUCUUAUGCUCAAUGGCCUGAAGAUUCAAUCAUUCCAGCAUCUGAUCUCAUAGAGUAUUGGAUUGGAUUUGGAUUGAUUGAUGAUUUUGGAAACAUUGGAGAAGCUUUUGACAAGGGAUAUGAUAUCAUUGGAAACUUAAAUGCAGCAUGUUUGUUGGAAUUGGAGUUUGAAAUUAAUGAAGAUUGUGUCAAAUUACAUGAUGUGAUUCGUGAUAUGGCACUGUGGAUUGCCUCUGAGUGUGGGAAGAAAAAGAACAAAUGGAUUGUAAAUGGGAGUGUUGAUGAUUUAAGACAAUCUUCAAAGUGUGAAAUAGACCCAGUUUAUGUUCAAUAUCAUAAUCUCAAGAGUGUAUCUAUUGAGCUAGGCCGUUACGCCUGGCUUAGGUCCCUAAACGUUUUUCCUCAUAUGCCAUCUCUCAUAUACUUGAAUCUAUCGGCGGUGAGUAUCUCGGAUCUUACAAAAGAAAUUCAAGUUUUAGUCAAUCUUCGAUACCUCAACAUCAGCUACAAAAACAUUCAGUCUCUUCCACGUGAACUAGAAAAGCUGAAGCAAUUACAAUACUUCAUUUUUAGACAGCCUGUAAAUGCCCAACAAAUUGUUGAUGGGUUGUCUACAAUAUCAAAGUUGCCCAAGUUGCAAGUUCUUGAUCUAUUUGACAAUACUUAUUUAGAAGUAAAUGAUUUGACUAUACUGAAGACAAGAGUUAAAGCUAUUGGCAUGCGUGUGACUUCAGUCAAGACUCUUGAACAUCUCAAAGAUUUGCCAACCUGGAAUAUAAACCUGCAUGGAUUACAGAACAUACCGGUACCUAUCCUCCACUUUUGUGAUUUGAGUUGCAAACAUGGUGGUGAGGGUUUGAUGAAGUUAAUCAUCAAGUGGUGUGACUUUGAGGAGUUGUUGAUAAACGACGAUGGGGUCAGUCUAACACAUAUCAAGUUGGAAUGGCUUGGAAAGCUCAAGCAAAUCACUAGGCCAAAAACAAUAUCUAGUGAAUUCUUCCAAAGGUUAACAUCGGUUUCCGUUGGAAAUUACAAGUGCGCGCAGUCUUGCUCGACAAUGAAGGAAUUGAUUGACCCUGAAGAUCAGUUGCAACAAGCUUCAUCAGGCCUUGCCACAUUUCCUAGCUUACAAUAUUUGGAAAUCGGCGACGUGCCAAGCUUAGUAUGCUUAAGCAUAUGUCCAUUGGAUUUCCAUGUUUUGUCUACACUUGAUUUGACCGGAUGUCCAAAGCUGAAGAAGCUUCCUUUCAAGUCAGACAUUAUCAAUAAUAAAUUCAAAGAUGUUGCAAUUGAUGAACAAUUGUGGAAGGGUUUGGAAUGGGAGGACACAAUAAUCCAGUCUCACCUCAGUAGUUUUAUGAUGGCUCAUGUUAAUAGUUUAUCAUAA